GCUCAACACAUUUGGGAUAGGAAGGAAGGCGCACAGAGAGAGAUCAAAUGCUGCGUCAGUCGUCGCUGCUGCGCUUCUCCACCUUCGCGCUGAACCCGGAAACGUCACGGGCACCGCACGGCCCCCCGCGUGGCCUCAUCAAUCGCUAUGUCUCAAUGGGUCUGCCUCCGUGGGCGGCGUGGUGCAACCGGGUCAAUCGCCACGCCCUCUACCGCAUGAGUGACGUCUCGCCGCGCAGCUUCCUUCCCAAGGCACCACAUGAGAUGGACGUGAUUUGGCUGAACGAGCGCGUGCGCGAGCGGGUGCGGACCUCGCGACAGGUGCAGCACGUCUACCGGCAGCUGAAAUACCCCUACGUGAAGACCGGCAUCCACUACAGCGAUAUCUUAGACCACUGGGUGCAGGUGCCCAUGGUGGAGGCCGCAACCUUUGAGAUCGAGAAGGACGGCGGGUUUGACAACUUUAUUCUGAAGCGCCCUGGACAGGAGCUGCGGUCCACCUACGGCGAGCGCAUUCGCCGUCAUCUGCUGGUGCGACAGAAGGAGAUUCAAAAAAACUUUGUGUUGGAUCAACAGGCCAAGGCGCUAGCGGAGGUGGCCCGCGCGGAGGUGAAGAAGGCGGCGAGCGAGGAGGAACUGGACGCGGUGUUGGCGAAGUACGGCAUGGACGCUGAGGAGUUCAAGCGUCAUAUGGCAAGACGAGUACUGGAGCAACGCAAGGUCGCCGCGCAGUAA